AUGUACAGGUGAACAUUGCAUUGUAAAUAUUAUUUUAAAAAAAGAUUAAUAAUAGAAAACCUAAAUCAAGGCGUUUUUUUGUUAGUGGAAGAAAAUGCAAAUCCAAAAAAAUGAAGAUAGACGUGAGACGAAUGUAGUUCCUCUUUCAAAAAAAAAAACGCGAUUUUUCCGUUUCAUUUUUUUUAAAAAACAAAUGUUUAAAGUGAUUCCGCGAAAUUCAAAAUAGCCACCAGAGAGUGAAAAAUAUAACUGAAUUUCCGAAUUUCAGAUAUAAUUUUGAUAUUCGCGAAAUUUACUUAAACGUGGCAUGUGCGAGAGCGCCGCGCCGCGCCGCGGUGCAUGCAUACGACACACUAAACUUUACGCACAAAAAAAUGACCGGAGUCGCCAAAAAAAAAAAACCCGUGAAUUUUCAAUCAAAACUCUAUUGCAGUUUGCACCAAUUCGUCCCCCUACCUCCAAAAAACGAUAUCGAUUGCGAUUUAUACUCAAAUGCUUCUUCACCGGAACUGGAUAACUAUUUGAGAAAUCGAAGUGUUUUUGGAGCCAACAGCUCCCGACGGAGUGUGAGUUUUUUUCUUUAAUUAUUGAAAAAAAUCAAGUUUGCAGUUGUUUCUCAAUUCGAAAACGACGCUAUUUCCCGACGGAUUUACCGAAAAGUCUGGUCGGCUAUCAUAUGAUUUUUUUCGUCCGAGUUGUUUCUGCGGUAAGAUUAAAAAGUGUUUUCUUUGAUCAAGUAGAAAAUGAUUGGUUUCCAUUUAAUAUAUGAUUAUAGACGUUUUGAAAAGUUCUUUUAGAAUUUCUCUACAUAGGCAAAGUAGGAAAGGGUGAAAAAAGGCUCCAGAAAUGUUCCUUUUUUGCUGCCUUUUUGCGUCAGUUUAUUGACCCUUAUGCACCAUUUUUGCUGCCUCUACCUUUUUCCACCAUUUCUUGAGCCUUUAAAGUCCCAGAAAAAAAAAAUAAAAGGCUUGAUAAAGGGACCUUUUUUGCCGCCUUUCUGCUGCAUUUAAUCUUACAAAAUACCAGAAACCUCCCUGAAAAAAUCAUUGAAGUUUUUUCGAACACUAGAGCGCGAUGAAAGGUCACAAAAAAAGGCAAAUUAACGGAAAAAUCGACUAAAACAAAAAAUUCAAGCUGAAACGGCUAUCUUGGUCCUAAAAGAAAUUGACGCUUUAUUUCACAGAACCACCAGGGGCAAAGUCCAAAAUCACCUAAAAAGAACCUGUGGGCAAAAGGCCCUAAGAAUGACCUUUAAAGGCCAAAAAAAGGAGGCAAAAAGAAAUGUGAAAAAAGGUAGAGCCCGAGAAUCUUCUGACCCCUUUUAAGGAGCUCAAAAAUAAGCUUCUUAAGCUCUUGAGGUGUUUGGACUUUUCCCGUGAAACGCCUUCGACUGAAAUGAGCUUGAUAUUUUUUAUUGCUCAGAAACUACAUUUUUAUCAAUCUGCAGGACUACGAUUUCGUAGAAGAAGUACUGACAAUGAUGUACUCCCCGACGCACUUUUUCUGCUUCGCUGUCGACUCCACGGCUGAUGAUAUAUUCCGUCAAAGGGUGACUUUUUUUUUCUUCUUUGAAGAAAGCAACCUUUGUGAUCUUUGUAAUAUUCGUUUCGUUCCGUAUUCCUUGUCAUGAACCUGUUUCGUGUCAUGAGAAAGAAAUCUUUGAACAUUUUCUUGUAGAGAUGUAGUUUCUGCAAGGUUUAUCGAUUCGAAAAUUUUUCCAGAUGAGAAAACUUGGCGACUGUCUCGUGAACAUCUUGGUGCCUAAAGUCGAGUUUGAUACUUCCACAAGUCACGGACUUAUAAAAGCCCAUCAGAGCUGCUUCGAAGAGUUGAAAGACUACGAGUGGAAGCACGCCUUGGUCAAUGCGGUUUGUUUUUUCAUUUCGGCAGUAUGUAAAUUUUCGUCGGCGGUGCAUGCACAAGCAACAUCAUAUUUGACGACUUUUUUGAGUUGGACGUAGCUCUGGGAUCGCCGUGAUAAAUAAUCGGGAAAAUCAUCAAAAACUGUUCAGGAAAACGAUAUGCCCCUCUUUUCGACCAAAUUUUUCGCAAGAAGAGCUCGCCGGCUGAGAGAUUUGACGGAUAUUAAUGGGUUUGUGAAGAUUUUUAAAAAUCUCAAGACUAUGAUAAAAAAAAAAUUUUACAGAGUGAUUUUGAAGCCUGAUACGAUACUCUCUGCAAAUCCAAACGAUACAAAAAGCGAAUGUGAGCAAUUUUUUCUUCUUUGAAUUUUUCAUCCGUUGCUAUUCGAGAAAUCGCUGCUUCCUGUUGAGCCUUUUAUAUUGACGGCUUUUUUUCUACUUCUUCACUUAUAAGUCCCUAGAAAAGUUCAGAAAUCUUGAGAUUUUUGAGGAAUUAUUUGUCUUCAUUGCAGUUCUAGAUGUGAUUUUUUUCAUAAUAUUAAUAUUCCAGAAUUUUAUUUUAGUAAUCCUUUAUAAAUAACAGCUACAAAAUAACUUUUAUUCAUAAUAAACAAGCAAUUACGGUUUUUGCGCGUCGCUUUUUGUGUAUCAUGUGCAUUGCGUACAAAACAUUUUAUACUCCGCCGCUGCGGUGGGCGUGUCGUCGAUUUGGUGUCGCCGUGUUGAGUGAAUGUACGAUUUUUCAAACUCUUCAUUUUUGACUCAAAAUAAUGAAAUUUAAACAAUUAUCUAGCUCAAUCUUUAAUUUUCAUCCUUAUUAGUUCAACAAGCUUCAUCUUUCCUGCGUCUUUUUCGAUAUCCCUUUUUCAACUAUUCCUAACCAUAAUUUUCAGUGUAUAAAACGGCUAAAACCUUCCUGAAACGUCUCGGUUCCACGGCCACUCUCAACAAGCAGACCCAAGCUGCAUUAUACCAAUAUUUGAGCAACUUACCCGAUUUUCAAUUAGUAAGGGCACUGAACUAUGAUAUGUUUUCAACAAAAAUUCAGAAAAACUCAACAAAGAUGAGGAUAGAAGCGGACUGCAAGUCGAAAAAUUACGACGCCGACGGCAGUUGCAUAUACGGAAUGGAAGAUUUCGCUACGAUGAGGUAAAAAAUAUUUAACCGACUUUUCUAAAACUUCAUGGUUUUUCAGGAAUUCCCCAAAGCUUUUCGUGCGCGGCGACCCCCAUUUCGACUUUGGAUUCGUCCAAUGUCUUCACGAAGUCGUUUUUCAACGAACUUUUUAUGAGCCUAAUGUUAAUGACGUUUUCAAACUUGUCGGUGAACAUUAUUCCGAAGAUGCUCAUUAA